AAAAAAAGGAUUUUGGCCGCGUAAAAACGGACAGGAGGAGGAGGAGGCGCCUCCUCUCGCAUCGAGUCAGAGCCGCUUUAGAUGGAUUCUUCAUGUUUGCUUCAGCCUCAGUGGAGACAGCUUUCUCUGAACACUUACACGCCGUUACAGUGAGCUGUAAAACAUGCCACAUCGCUGCGUAUGGAUAACCGAAAACAUGAGCUGCACCCGGCGAGAAAGAAGCACCUCUUUUAUCCUCUCCGGUGCGCACUUGGAGCAGAGUGCGCACAGGACAGCUGGUGGGACCAGAUGGAGAGUUUGGAGGAAGGAUAGACACGAGAUUGCUUCUGUAAUGUCAGCGAAGGCCAAGGUGCUGCUUUGGGUGUUGCUCUCUUUGCUGCCUCUUGUGGAAGGAGCUCACAUGAAAGCUGGUGCUGCUGCUGGUGUGGGAUCAGUCUCAGGCCGGGCUGUGGGCCUGCUGGGAGGCCAGGAGGAGCGUGAGCUUCCAGUGACGCUGCCUGAAGUGGUGGAGGACGAGGAGCAGGAAGACGACAGUGACCCCUACUCCACUUGGCACGCUCUUUACGACCCCUUUGUGAUAGACGAGGUGGAUGACCAUCCAAGCAGUCGCUGGGCGGGACGCUCUCCCCGCUCCUCUGACCCCUCAGAACCUCAACCCAAGGGGUCACCGAAGAAAAAGAAGAAGAGGAAGAAGAAAGAAAAAGAGGAAGAGGAAGACACAGGAAGAGGGGACAGAAAGGGUAAAGGUAAAAACAGACAGCCGAAGCAGAGCAGCAGAGACUGCCGUGUGGAGAAGAGAGAGAUGAGGGUUCGAGACCUGGGUUUGGGCUUUGACUCGGACGAGAUUGUUCUCUUUAAGUUCUGUGUCGGCUCAUGUCAGUCCUCUAGAACAAACUAUGACCUCGCUCUGAGGGCGUUGCUGGAGAAUGGGUCACUACCGAGGCGCACCGCCCGCAAAGUCAGCAACCACCCCUGCUGCCGGCCAGACCGGUACGAGCCAGUUUCCUUCAUGGAUGCUCAGACCACGUGGAGGACUAUCCAGUCAUUAUCAGCUGCCAGCUGCAUGUGUAUGGGCUGAGGAAGGUGAAGAGGAGGAGGGAUGCCCUCUGUCCCCAAUGGAGAAGAGAAGAAAGCCUCAAAACGAGGACGGCCAGGAGGGGGUGCUGUUACAAACAGCAGAGGAAGUGAUGGAGAACACUUGUUCACCUCUUUUGGGUUGUUUUUGGGCCUGUUGGAAGCCGAUGAAGGAGGAGCCUGCUGGGGAAGCAUCAGGAUUAAAGUCUGGAGUUACUGUUGCAUCUUUUAUUAUUUGACUUUAUAACUGGUUAUUAUCUGAGAACCAGUUUUCCUGCAUAAAAGAGACCGUUUCUGUGGACCUGUUUGAGUUGAAAAGGGCACAACCUGAAGACUGAAGGUCAAAGAUUUAAAAGGACUGACACUGUGUUCAUAAGACUUAAAAAAAAGACCAAAAAGACGUUCACUUUUACUCACAGCGAAGCCAAAACCUCCUGAAGCAAUACCAUUUAUAUUCCAUGAAAACAGGCAUGACACUGUUUCUCUGUUCAGGUGAACUCAGCCAAAUAGAUGCCAUGCAUCUUCAUGUAUUACUGUGUCAAAGUAAAAAUAUAUUUAUUUCUGAUAAAUUAUUUAUUUAUUCUAGCUUGAUAUGAGAGCUCU